CCCUCACCUUGCUGACUCCCGGGGAAGGAUAUACUACAUCCCGUCUCCUUGGAGCUGUGAUUCACACAGGUCAGGACCCAGUUUUAGCUGAGUCAGUGGGUGGGAUCCACAGGAAGGAUGCAAGAAUUAGCCUGCCUUCACUGCCUGGGCUGGCUCACCAAGCCUGACACCAGCCCAUCCGCAUCCAGGAUCAUAGCUAGAACGCAUGCAUCUGCCUUUGCUCUGAUGGUUGUGUGGCCCCUGUUGUCAGCACUCUUGAAGACCUCCCCUGCCUCAGAAUGGGACCCUGGCUCCUGCCCAGUUUCCUGUGAGCCAGCCAGUUGACAGCUUUGUGUAGGGAUGCCUGGGAACCAGCAGAAAGCCGAGUCUGUGGAGAUGGACUCUGACGCGUCGCCCGGCUGCAGGCUCAGUGACUUGAGCAGAGGUGGCAGUCUGGAGAGCCGGAGCAGCAGAGCUCGGUCCAGAAGUUUCACUUUGGAUGAUGAGAGCCUGAAGCACCUAACACAUGAGGAAAAGGACGUCAUUCUAUUCUUUGAAGAGACUCUCGAUUCCCUGGAAUAUGACUUUGACGAGCCAGCCCUGUGUGACAGUGGCAUUCACUGCCACUCUCCACAGUCUCUGGAAGAGAGCCCUUCCAGUCACUCUGAGCCCGAAGAUGUCAUUGAUUUAGUGCAGCCAGGACCUGUGUCUGGGGAAGCUGAGAGCCUUCCUGAUGUGUCUCAAGUAACAGGGGCCCCAUCUGUCACAAAACAGGACACUCCUGUUCUGGAAGGCGGGAAACAAGCCAUCGAGGAUUCCCUGCAAGUACCAGACUCCAGGGAUCCUGAGGUGUUUCCGCUGCCGCCCUCCCUGCCUGUCACUGUGCCCUCUGCCCCACGAAAGGAGCUGAUGUCCCCCUCUCCUCCAGCAGAGCACCCCAAACUGCCCCGCUCCGUGCCCACCCCUCUGGUGAUUGCUCAGAAAAUUUCUGAGAAGUUGGCGGGAAAUGAAGCCCUCUCCCCCACGUCCCCUUCGAAGGAGGGCAAGCCUGGAGAAUGGAGGACACCAGCUUCUAUAGCCUCUCGAAACGGGGACCAUCUCGGCGUGUGGCACCGACACGCGGCCCAGCCGGUGCCCAAGGUCCACCGCUUCCCCAGCAACAUCAGCGUGACCAACAGCGCGGGCAAGGACUUCAACAAGACCAUCUCCAAGGCGGCCGUCAACGUGCAGGAGCGCAAGGCUCAGGUCCUGGCCAACAUCAACGGCAUGUCCUUCACCUCUGCGGGCGACACGUCGGCGGAAGAGCGGGGGCAGAAGGCAGAGGAGCAGAGGGACGGCCCUGCGGAUGGGGCGCCAGCCCAGGGCAAGGUGGGCAUGGCCGGCGAGCCCGGGGUGCCGCGUACGGGAGGCCCGGCCAGGGCGCAGCAGUCCCGGGCGGUGCAGACGGAGCAGCCGCCGGCGCUGGCCAACGGCUUCCAGAGCGUGCACGAGGCCCUGCGCAGCGAGCCCAGUGCCUUCGCUCCCACCAGCAAGACCAUCACCUUCCGGCCAGACCCCGCGGUGGCCAGCAAGCUGGCACGCCAGAACGCCAGCCGCAGCCUGUACGAGCCGCGCCCGGACGGCAGCCAGGACGCCCGCAGGCGCACGGGCUCGCUCCCCCGGGCUGUGGGCUUCCGGCCACAAGGCAUCACGGUACAGUUCUCCGGCCGGGGCUCCAGCGAGGAAGCCCGGCGCGAGGCCCUGCGCAAGCUCGGGCUGCUGAAGGAGAACUUGUGAGGGUCGCCGGUGGGACCGAUCGGCUAUGUCCACACGGGGUUGUCCCGAUCUGUAAGCGGAGGAGCCAGCUGGCACGAAGUGCUCCACUUUCGGGGGAAGAAGACUCUGCUCCAACCCCUGUGCCCAGUGCAGGGUGGAGUCAGAGGCCAGCAGGGCAAGGACCAGCCCCUCUCCCCCAGCUGUCCUCUUCCAUUCCUGCGGUCCCGGAAUAACGUUAGGGCCUGUGGGCUUCCAUGACUGCACAUGUCCUGUGACUUACGUACGGGAGGACAACCCUGGCUUGACUUGGUUCAGAGUCUCUGAUCUGGCCUUUCAUCCCACGUGCAGGACUGGAAAGCCAGUGUAGCUCUCCGAUGCUCAGGAUUCCCUCACCUCGAGAAUAAAAAGAGAGAGAGAGAGAUGCUUGCUACAUUUUUAGUGUCGUCAUACGCUUUGAGCUCUAGUUGUGUGUUUGUUCUCAAGGGUGGAAGAUGGUACCGGCAGGUAGAGCUGGGUUUGUUUCUUGAUGUUAUUUUGUUUGCCCCAUUUUCUAAACUGAAAAUCUAAAUUAUUUUAGAUUAAAAAUAGAGUAAGACUUACUGUAAUUUUGGAUUGUGAGAGAGACCGAUGAGGUCGAGUUUGGAGAAGGAAGUCUCAUUUGGCUCUAAAAUCCGCUCCUGGGGUGUGUGUGUGUAUGCAUCUGUCGUGUAAAUAUAUGUAUCUAUGCUAACAUACGUGAGUAUCGUGUCUGUGUAUGCACAUCCGUUAGCACUUGGAGUAUCUCCUUCAGACACCAUUAUCCAGCUGCAGGACGUGAGCACUUUUCUCUCACAGACACCCCACCACUGUGAUGUGACGCUAAUGAAUCCUUCCUAUUAUGGAUGUCGGCUCGGGACACAGGAGCCCCCCCUAGUACGUGUUCCUCAACAGUAUGUUCUGUUCCCAAUUAAAGUGAGAUUUCCUGACUUCAAAUAAGCAAGGUAAUUCCUGGUUUUUGUUUUUGUUUUGUUUUUAGAAGAACUAAAAUCUUUGUCACCUCACCAGUUUUGUGUUGCAAGGUAGCUAGUUGACAGGAGACAAUCUGAUUGGUUGUGUUCCGUGAGCUGACUUGAAGGAGAAAACUGUGAACUCAGUUGUGCAGCAUUAAGUUUCCUUUUCUUCCCCAGACUUUGUCUUACAGAGCUGUGGCCACAGUGUUAUUAUCAAAACCAUGGAAGGCUGAAGUCUCAAACUUGGAAAAAUAGAUAGGAAGGGCUGGCCUGAGAGCCACACCCUUCUGCCUCUGGGUCCUCGGCAGCGCCCUAACGGAGCCCAUUUCUGUUCCGGUUGAGUAUUGCUUGGACUGAGCGGUUGAAGGACAUUUUCACGCUCCUCCGCUCAGCCAGUGAGUUACAUACAAUGAAUGAUUAGGCUCCGUUUCUUCGGAAUUGUGGUCUAGCAACUCCGCCAGCUCUUGUUCUCCUGAAGUCAUCUGGAACGGUUUUGUCAUCUUAAUUUAAAAUGGGGGCUUUAAACUUUUAAAAGUACUUUUAAUUUUGCUCAUACUUACGAUGGAUUUGCUGAAAGGAGCCAGGAGGUUGGAGGUCCCUUUUUGAGAAAGUGAGAUGCCAAUGCACAGUGUUUAAUAAUUGAAGGUCUCAAUACAACUGUUACAAAAAUCCUUUGUAGACAAUUCUUUCUUUUUAUUUCUUCUGUGAUUUUAUUGUGAGUAGAAUGAGUUUGACUGAAUAUUAAUAUAUUCUCAUCAUGACAUUUUGAAAAACAAAUUUAUCUUAACAUCUUAACCUUUUUUAUUAUAUUACAUUAUAUUAUUACAUUGCAUCAUUAUAUUAUGUACAAUAUUAUUUCCUUUUAAAGGGUUGUAUCUUUUUCUCCUAUUUAUUCAUAUUUUCUCUCUAAUCCAUAAUUAUAUCGACUGUACUUUAGUUGUUAAUUAUGUCCAAAGCCCUAAUGAGUAAAGUCCAAUUUUUGUGGAUGAUGAGGAACCUGCCUUGUGUCUGGUCUGCUGAAAAGCAUUGGUUUCCUUACUGUAGUUAUGUGACAUUCUUAAAUGACAUCUAGUUCCCAGUAUUGAAGGAUCAUAUUUCAAAGCAGGAUUGUAAUGAAAAGGAAAGGCGGAUUCAGAGUUCCCAGUUUCUCUUCACUCGGCAUUUAUCUCUCCAUUUUUAGGGAACUAUCAUACUAUGGAAAAGUCAGAAAAACAAAACAAUUUCUGUUGCUUUUAGGAACCUUCCUUCAUACAGAUGUCCCAGCUAGAGCCUUCCACGCCACAGCCCUCCCUCCCUAGCCUCCCUGGAGGGGAAGCAUCUGCCUCAGUUCCUCUCUACCAGAUCUACCUAGUGUACGUGCUCAUCCUCACAAAACAGGCAGAAGCUUUGAUCUUCGCUCUCUUCCUCACUGAAAGGGAAGCGCCACACAACAGGAUGCUGCCACAGCGAUGCUGAGGUCUCUGCCAAGCACAGGGACUGAGCAUGGAUCCCUCAGCCAUCAGAGGAGACACUACGGGCAGAGCUACAGGAACAGACUUCUGACUAGAGGACUCUGCACACGCUGCUAGUGGGGAGCAGGGUGGGGCCACAGGGGAGCUAGCUUUCAUGAAGAGCUCAGUGGAGUUAAUCAGCGAGGCAUAUGGAACCCCCAGUGUAAGGUCAAAGCAAACAAGUGCAUUCUUCCCACAUCCCCAGGGCUUUGACUCUUCGGAUCUGACCUUUCCCAGGAUUCAGGGGGGGGGGGGGGCUUAUUUUUUUUUUUUUUUAAUGCAGGUGAUAUCAGCUCUCUAACAUGUAUUAAAGAGGAAGAAAGAAAAGAUAAAUAUGACAAUUUACUCUUAUCAAAAAAUGUGUCUGCUCCACAGCUGUUUUCCUAGCCAUGAUACGUGUACAAUGAAGGCAUUGUUUCUCCCUGGCUACUUUCUCGAUGUGACCUGGCAAGAUUAAUAAACUUAUUUUUGCCCUAAAAAAA